AUGGCUGUGGAUGGUUCAUGCGGUCCUGCUCCUGACAUCAUGCACAUUAUUUGCACUUUCUAUUACACUGCGAUCAUCGACCUUGAAACACCCCCUGCGGACACGGCCGUCGUAUUCAACUCUGUGAGGUACAAUAUCACUACGAGUGGCAAUAGAUUCGUCGGAGCUGGGCCUGAGGUGGAUAAAGCCUGGCGGGAAAUUUCCUACGAUGUCGGAGACCAAUGGAUAUCGAAAUCUGAUAUUAAGCACCUCGACAUGCCGGAGACGUCGCUCACUGUCAACCAUCCAGAAACCGGGGAGGAAGGUUAUCGAGUUGGGAUAGAGGUUUUUCAUCAGCUCCACUGCAUCAAUCUCCUCCGUCGAGUGACGUACAAGGAGUAUUACGAGCCGUUAGGAGGAGAGUUUGCAAAGGGACCUGAGGAAUUGCAAAGACAUACUGAUCAUUGCAUCGAAGUCCUCCGCUUGAAUAUACAAUGCAACGCCGAUAUAGGGCUCUUCACAUUCUACAUGGUCGAAGGUGAUCCGUUGGCCUGGCCAGAGCUCAACUCGAAGCACGUCUGCCGGGACUUUGGCAAGGUGCGCCAAUGGGCUGUAGAGCAUUCGGUUGGGAAUAUGGAGGUUCUCUCGUGA